AUGAUAACCUUCGCAAGUAGCCCAAUAAGACGACCGACAAUGGAACGAUUCAUAACUAGAGUUGAAAAGAGGCGAAUGGCAGAAAAAGAACUGAAAGGAAUGCUCAAUCAAGGGGAUGUGUCUUUCCCUCGUCCUAAGAAAGUGGGAUCUGGAGAAAGAAGAAGGAACGGACCACAUGAGGUGUUUGUCGACGUGUCACAAGAUGAAACUCUUUCUGCGCUACCACUAACUACUGUUGCUGACGAGGCAAAUUUCAAUAAGGGAACGAAAAUGGGUCACCUUCUCGUCACUGGAAACAACGAUAAUGAUGGCCAAGUGAUCGUUUGCGGUAAACCGUUCUGGAUUGAGGAGCGGGAUUUGGUUGACAACUGUGACAGUGACACCGCAGAAGACCUUCCAUUAAACGCUGAGGUCGUGCUGGAAGUGGAUGAAGGAAAUCUCGAUCUAGCCACCGUACCAACAAUACCAGUAAUACUGGAUCCUUUUGCCGAUCUAAAUGAUCUGCAAAAAAGAGACAAACUGUUCUUCAACAAACCCUUAUUGUUUGGGAACUCUGUGCGAAGUAUGAUUAAUCUUAGUGACAUAACUUCAGUGAAGGCUCCAAGACGUCACGAGAGAAAGAACACUAAACGAAUUGUUUUCACAAAACCAAUAUCAAAAUAUAAUUAUACGAGAGAGAAAUGGUGGCGAUUCGUAGGAACACCCUUCAUCCCUACAAAUCAAGGAGAUUUUUUAUCAGCAGAAAAUAUUUCGAAAACAAAAAGUAGUAUGGAUUCAGUAAAAACUGAGACCACAACGCAAAGCUCUGAUAGAAGUUUGCGAAAAGCUCGUAGAAAAUCCAAGACAAAACCUUCACGAUACCAACAGCGGCAGCAGAGGAAGAGAGCGCGAAGCAGUGGAGAAGUGACCACUUGA